CCUGAAGAAAAGGACUUCAUCGAAACCUGUUGCGCCAAUCGCAACCUGCUCUUGGACCAUCUUCCGCCGUUUCUCGGGAAUCAGAUCGCAACUCUCGCGGAAUUUUUGUUUCUCGGAUACCAAACAGGACGAAUUAUUGUUAUACCUUCGCAGUGGGAAGCUCUCUACGGCGAGACAGUCCGUAAGCUCCAGGACUACAUUGCAGAUUGGUCUUUGUUCAACCUCGCGAAGGACCGGUAUGAGUGGAAUAGGACUGCGACUAUCUCAACAUCAUCAUCAAACGUGGAAGAUGCGUAUGUCAAACCAGUUCACCCGUUGAGGGUGGAAUGGCGAACAGAGUUUGACGUUGCCGAAGUCCUACCAAGGAGAACAUCGACCGACUCCGAGCAGAAAUCCAAGAUUCCGGUGUUAGACUUCACAGGGGGACAGUUGCGCGACGGUCCGAUGCGAUGGACGGUGGAUCCGAAAAUCACGAAGGCGCAAGCGCUGUUUGCAAGUGUUUUCCGCGGCAGAUCUGACUUCUAUCGCACUGCUACAGGAGAAGCUGCGGGUGGUACGGAGCUGCAACUAGAGGCUGGAGCAACCUCCGUGCGUUACACCAUCAAUGACGGAACUGGUUCUGUCGCACCGGUGUACGGGGAUGCUCUCGAACUGGAAAGCGUGUCGGAGGACGAUAUCGUGGCGAAAAGUCUACAACCGGGCGAAGUUAGACAAGCACUGCCUCCCAGUGAUGUGUUGCCUCACGAAUUUUCGCAGUUUCCGUGCAUACAGAAAGACCUUUUUCAUUCAUCUUCUCUUGUUAACCAAGGCAGCCAGCUUCCUGUUUCCGCUCGCAAUGAGACGACGCACACCUUUUACCAGUACAAGCGUGCGUGCUUCUUGGAAUUUCUCAAGUCCAAAGCCGUGCAGGCCGAUCCAGUCGUGGUGCUGCGCCAGACGUGGCACGCUUUUCACGGGUUCUGGGAGCCAGAGGACGUCGGAGCAAGUAGUGAUUCCGGAAGUAGGAAGAAGGCAGGAGAUCCGGACGAUCUGGACGAAAUUCCAAGCCCUUUGGCCACCGAGGUGUUCGCGUCUGUCUUUGAAGGCACGGCCGAACAGCAGGGAAGAUCGUCCAGUUCUUUGAAGCACGACGACAAGCACAGCAUCCACAAAUUGCGGCAGCCGCUCGAGCGCGAUGAAAACGACCCACUGAAUUUGGAAAGCCGGCCUGAGCCAAUCAUCGGAACACAGUUUCUCGACGCGUUCUUUGCUUUUUUCCACCGAGAAACGCUGGAAAAGCUUUUCGUCCGUCCCUACAUACUUGCCGCCGAAGAGCGGAGAAGGAAGGAAGAGAGAGAACGGACGGAGCGACUAAAUGCCAUGUACGAUCUUCCUCCAGCGGCCACACAGUACAAGUGCGGGCUCACGGUGAACGCGGACGAGACGACCAUGGGGUGGCAUGGUUGUCAGUUGGAAAGUGCGGCGGGGAACAGAAGUGGCGGAAGCGGCAGGUUUUCUUCGACUCAAGCGCAAGCG